AUGCCCAGCCCACAUCAAUCGUGCCUGUGCACAGCACACGACACGAGCAAAUGCUCCAAUGGGUCAGCUGGCUCGGGUUCCGUGCUCUGCGGCGAUGGACACCACCUCUCCCCCCCACCCACUUCUCCUUCCCUCCUCUUCGCUCUCCUCUUCUCUCCUUUCUCCCCCGCGUUGCUCCGUCUCUCCCGUCCCCUUUUCCGCGCAGCGAUUCUCGCCGCGCGGCUGAACGGAUCCGAAGUGGUUGGGUCGACGGGCGACAUCAACGCCACUGGUCGAAUCUGCCUCGCCGUCUUCGAGUUUGACGGAGAAUUUAAUGUCUUCUACCAUGCCCUCGUUUCCACCUCCGAACCGGGCGCGCCGACGUCCGCCUUCGUCGCGCUAGGCACGGCGGGAAAGGCGGGACCCAUCGUCCUCAAGAUUGCCGGAGCCAAAGCCAAGUGGACGAAUAAAACUCGUCUGCCGCCUCCCUUUCUUUCGAUCGACAAAACGAACAAUCCACCCCCGCCUAUGUACACCUAUGCCUUUAAGGGGACGUGGCUUAACGCGAGUAGGAUACCGAACGCGUCGAUUGGGAAGUCCGUUAAGAGCGUGGUGAAUCUUUUGAAAUCGAAGACGAACAGCUACUAUGGGGGAUUCUCGACGGGGUCUUUCACGGCGGGAGCAGCUAGGGGGCAGUUUAAGAGCGAGCCGCUCCCACUAGUAGGGGUGAUGGAGGCGAGACUCCGUGCCUUCCCUCUUCACGAGGUGAUGGAACCUGACUACAAGGCAAAAGGCUGCGUCUCCCUCGCCGUCUUCCGGCUCCACUCCCUCCUCCCCUCACCAUAUCCCCCUUAG